GAGCAUGACAAGCCGCCUGUGCCGACGGACCUGUACGAUCGCAUGGUUGCGGCUGUGGACUCCUCCCACCAUGACGUGCCCUUUCUUCUCUACUGCCUCUGCGAGCAGGUGAAUCACAACCUCCGUGGUGAUGCGCCGGAGGUAUUGGCAGGGAAGAAGAAGCGCACUCCCGAGCAGGUAAUGGAGUCGGCCAAGAAGGACUUCCAGUCCAUGAGCUCCUUCUUAGACCAGGCCAGCGACCUCCUCCUGCUGGGAAGGGACGCUCCGCGGGAGGACGAGGAGGACGUGGAGCCUCAGGGAAGCCUCAUCGACAUGGUCUUGAAGGAAGAGGCCGCUGCCCAAGGAAUGGGCCCGCCACCAGGUGUCGGGGCAGCGUCGAGCGACACAGGGGACGAGUAUGUGAUCCCGUACUACGACCGGGUCAGCUGCAGACAUGCGGGAGAUCGGCUGUCCGGGGGGAAGUCGGUGAUGCUGGAGCUACUCGGAUGA